AUGGAAGUGUUAAUACUUGAUGCAACGGUGUUUAAUGUUUCGGAAAAUGGGGCAAAUAUGAGAGGAAAAAACAAGGGAGUCCAGGCUAGACUUCUUCAGUUAAACCCCAGGGCUUUAUUUGUGCCAUGUGGAGCACACACUGUUAACCUGGUUGUGUGUGAUGCAGCAAAGAGCUCCUCAGAUGCAACUAGCUACUUUGCCUACCUGCAAAAAUUAUUUAAUCUCUUUUCUGCCUUCACUCAAAGGUGGUCGACCCUAAAAAAACAUGUGGACACAACUUUGAAAUCCUGGGCAGACACACGGUGGGAGUGUCGAAUCAACAGUGUUGAGGUUGUAAGAUUCCAGGCUGCAAAAGUGAGAGAUGCUCUUUUAGAGGUGAGAGCAAGCACUGCAGACCCAGCUAUUAAAAUUGAAGCACAAGCCUUAGCAGAAGAGGUGGGAUCAUACCGGUUCUCUAUUUGUACGGUGGUGUGGUAUGAUAUCCUUAGAAAAGUUCAAACUGUGAAUAAACUUCUGCAAUCACAAUGCAUGCAUCUGGAUUUAGCUGUUGACAUUCUCAAGAAGGCUGAAACCUCCCUUGUUAGCUACAGAGACACUGGGUUUGCUGAUGCCCAGACAUCUGCCAAAGAGAUAUGUGAGGAGAUGAAUGUGGAAGCUGCUCUAAAGCAGAAAAGACUCAGAACUACUAAAAGGCAGUUAUCCUAUGAGGCCCCUGAUGAACCUAUUACCGAUGCCUUGAAAAAAAUGGAGUUUUCAUUUUUCAAUGUAGUUGUGGAUAUGGCCAUUGAAUCUCUGAGAGAGAGAACUGGAAUGAUGAGUGAUGUUGCAAAGAAAUUCAGUGUUCUCAUAAACUUCUCUGACCUGACGUCUAGUGAGCUAGAAAAGCAGGCAAAAGAUUUGUGUAAAUACACUCACAUCUGGGGAUCAUUCUAA